AUGAAAUGCUACAUCUGUGAAUCCACACACAGAUUGUUGGACUGUCCUGUUUGGAAGUCGGCGGCCGUGCCAAGGCGAUGGAGCCUAGCAAAGGAAAAGAGGUUAUGUUACAGAUCUUUGGCGGGAAAUCAUAUGGGUAAAAACUGCCCCCGCGGGAACACAUGCAAUGUCAAUGGCUGUGGUAAAAGUCACCAUUUCCAUCUUCAUGAAGACCGACCGUCACCAAAGUCAAAAGCCGACCCUGCCAAUAAUGCCAACAGUUCCUUUGGUACCAGUGAUUUUCAGCCUAAUGUACCCAUACAGGUUGUGCUGCGGACGGUUCCAGUGUGGUUAGUUGGUCCAGGAGGAAAGAGAGUGCUGAUAAAUGCCCUAUUGGAUGAAGGAUCUGACACGUCUUAUGUUCGAGCGGAUGUCGUAACAGCUCUGGGAAUAAGUGGAACUGAGGAGAAUUUGAAGAUUGCUUCAAUUGCUGACUGUGUGUCACUGGACAGCCAGAAAGUAGAAGUUCAGCUUGAGAAUUUGGAGUUUCCUACAGCAUCGGGUAGGAAGACUGUUGAUGUUUUGAUAGGAUCUGACUACCCAGAGUUAGGUAUCGCCCUUGAGGAGCGUAUUGGAAAACCCGGCGAGCCAGUCGCAAGGAGAACACCGCUUGGUUGGACGUGUGUUGGUCCUCUACCUUUGAUCAAUGUACAUCAGACCACCACCAACUUCACGAUGAGCUUUCAUGCCACACACGAGUCAACCGAUCAGCAGUUGCAAAAGUUGUGGGACCAGGACGUCAUUGGAGAAGUUCAUGAGGACAUCCAUACUCCAGAAGACAAGAUGGUGAUUGAGAAAACUAAGAGUUCGAUAAGGAAGUUACCAGACCGGUUCGAAGUUGGGAUUCCUUGGCGUGAAGACCCUCCGGAUUUAAAAGAUAACAGAAUAGUGGCUGAAAGAAGACUUAGAUCACUUGAAGCCAGUCUGGUGAGGAGACCGGAAGUAGCCAAAAGAUACAAAGAAGCAUUUGAGGCGACUGUCGAGAAAGGAUACAUCACCAAGAUAUCAUCGGAAAAAGCGCAAGAACCAGGAUGGUACCUGCCGCAUUUUGCCGUGAUCCGGGAUGAUAAGCAAACUACGAAGGUGCGCAUCGUUUAUGAUGCUGCAGCAGCCUACGAAGGAACAAGUCUGAACCAGAAGAUGUUCCCAGGUCCGAAGCUGCAACGAGAUAUCUUGGAGAUCCUGCUGAAGUUUCGCUUGAAGCCUGUUGCCUUAAUCGGAGAUAUAAAGGAGAUGUUUAAUCAAGUCAGUAUGGCGGAGAAGGACAGGAAGUUUCACCGGCUGUUGUGGCGGCAUCUCGAUCCAACAGCACCCAUUGAAGUUUAUGAAGCAACCAGAUUGGUGUUUGGUGAUGCAGCAUCUCCGUUUUUGGCGCAGUUUGUAACAAAACAUCAAGCCGAGGCAAUGCGAGAGCAGUAUCCGGAGGCAGCAGAGGUUGUUCUCAAAGCAAUAUACAUUGAUGACGUAAUCGACAGCCUUGAAGAUGAUGAUGAAGCCAGGCGUAUGCGCCAGGAUCUACAAGCCGUUUUGAAACCAGCUGGUUUUACAAUCCGCCGUUGGUGCAGCAAUAGACUUGCUGUUCUAGAAGGGUUGGACGAGUCGGAGCAAGCAUCUGGAGUUAAUCUGGAAGAGUCGGUACUUCCCAGUGUGAAGACCCUUGGUGUUGAAUGGGAUGCAGCUUCGGACACGUUUACCUUCAUCUUAAGCAGUACCGAGCAGACGAUUACCACGAAGAGACAGAUUCUGAGUCGUAAUGCAACCAUCUUUGAUCCGUUCCAAUUCUUGGCCCCUGUUGUCAUCCGGGGCAAGAUAGCUCUGCAAGAAUGCUGGUUACGUGGAAUCGGAUGGGACGAUGACCUACCAGAUGAUAUCCAAACUAGACUUGACCAGUGGAUAGGAGAGCUACAGCGGUUGAACGAGAUUCACAUCCCUCGGUGUUAUCGCAACAGGCCAGUUGAAGAUAUCGUGAAGAUGGCCCUACAUACAUUUACAGAUGCCUCGAGACUCGCCUACUGGGCAGUAGCCUAUCUUAGGUACCAGUAUACAGAUGGAGAAAUUGGGAUCAGCAUGGUAGCUGCAAAGUUUAAAGUUGCUCCACUGAAGAACGUUAGCAUUCCCCGGCUCGAGCUGAUGGCUGCAGUUACAGGAGUGCGUCUAGCCAACGUCAUGGCCAGGAGUAUAUCCGUCCGAUUACUAGAUUGUGCCCACUCGUUGUGA